UCUAAAAGGAAAAAAGGAAGAGGAGGGAAAAUAAAUCUGUGUUUUUUGUUGGACUCUGUAAAGGAAAUCCUGGCCCUCUUCUUCUCGGGAAGUCAAUUUCGCGGUAACAAUGGCUAUCUCAAUGGUGUUUCUUCCGGUGGCGAUCCCCUGAGACUGUUUCGUUAGGGUUUUUUUUUUUUUUUUUUUUUUUUUUCAGUAGAGUAACUGCUUUCGUCUUCUGAAGUUUCUUUGGAGUAAACUACAAUGGCCGAUAGCGCUAAAUCAGUUCUUGAAGAGGAAACUUCGAAGCUUGAAACCAAGUCCAAGCGCGGCGUAGAUGUCGAGGAUGCUGAUGUCACUGUGAAGAAGUUUAAAACGGAAGCUACUGCCGAUGUAGCCGACAAAACUGGAGACUGUGCCGGCAGGAAGUUGGAAGCUGUUAAUGGUGAUGAAGAAAAUAAGGUCAUCAGGAUGGGAGUCAAGUUUGAGAUUGAAGCGGAUGCAGCAGAAGAUAAAGGGUCCAGGCAUACAAUGGAGGAUGCUUGGGUUUUGCUUUUGGAUGCGAGCUUGGAUUUUCCUGGGAAAUUGAGAUGUGCACAUUUUGCUAUCUAUGAUGGACAUGGAGGUCGGUUAGCUGCCGAGUACGCUCAAAAGCAUUUGCAUAUGAAUGUUCUCUCAGCCGGGUUACCACGUGAGUUGUUGGAUGUAAAAGCAACUAAAAAGGCAAUACUUGAUGGGUUCCGGAAAACUGAUGAGUCUCUUCUUCAAGAAAGUUCUGCUGGGGGAUGGCAGGAUGGUGCUACUGCUGUUUGCGUUUGGGUAUUAGGUCAAACGGUUUUUGUUGCUAAUGUUGGUGAUGCUAAAGCAGUUGUAGCACGAUCUUCGACUACUGAUAAAUUGUCUAAUAAUCUUAAUGGAGGAAGCUCUUUAAAGGCUAUUGUUUUGACAAGGGAACACAAGGCAAUCUACCCACAAGAAAGAGCUCGUAUUCAAAAGGCUGGUGGCAUUGUUGGUUCAAAUGGUCGAUUGCAGGGCCGUCUUGAAGUUUCUCGGGCACUCGGAGAUCGCCAAUUUAAAAAGUUGGGCGUUAUAGCAACUCCAGACAUUCAUUCUUUUGAAUUGACUGAUAGGGAGCAUUUUAUCAUUCUCGGAUGUGAUGGACUUUGGGGGGUUUUUGGACCAAGCGAUGCUGUCGAUUUUGUCCAGAAAUUAUUGCAGGAGGGCUUGCCCAUAACAUCAGCCCAAGUGAUUAAGCAAGAAUAGUCGCGAACGAUGUGAGAUUUCCAUGUUACUGGUGCUGUACAAGCGAACUCCCAAGACGUUAAGUUUUUUUGUACGAGUGGACCGCUUUACUUGGGAUUGUGGAAUUCGCCAGAGUUAGAGAUGUCGAGUUUGAAAACUGAUGUGGAAACAGUGGGGUACCCAGUGUUAAGUUUUGUUUGCAGUUACUUCAGUUUCAAGAUUUUGUAAGAUACUGAUGUCACUACCUUCCAUCGAUUUUGUGGAAGUAAAGAUUUUCUUAGUUGUUUGCAUGUUUGUGGAAUACGUGUAAACACAACUGUAGUGCUGAUUUCAUGCUUAGAUAUGUAUUCUUGUUUAUGACCUAACAAUCAGGAGUGAUGAUUUCAUGAUUGGAACUCGAUGAUAUUCAUAACUAGAAUCACUUAAAAGUAGGGACUUGUUGAUUGCCCAUUUGGAUU